AUGCCUCUCACCUCCCCCUUUGCUUUUGGCUGCAACGCUGCGCGUCUUCAUCUCCACCACCACCACCUGUUUGGCAGGCUUACAGCAGCAGAGCAGGCCUCUGACAUUGUCAUCACCGCUGCCAUACGGCGGUCGGUGCCAUGCACGGGCAUGGAGACAGUGAGCCAGCUCGUGGUCUCCAGCGUGGUGGCUGGAAUGUGUGUUGAGGGCUACACUGGCACGUCGUGCACGACAGCUUCUAAUCCCACCGACAGCGACGGGCAUUGCACCUUUGCUGUGAUUGAGUGCUGCCAGCACCGAGGCAUCCCACCGCGGCCACAGCCGUCGCUGCACGCUGCCGGUUUCAAGCAGCUCACUGCGGUGGAUGCUGUUUGCUCGUGGACCACCACACCGUUCGGCAGCAAGGGGGUGGCCACCGUGUUUCUGGUUGGCACGCAUGUGCUGGCCAACGUGGCGCAGGAGCGGUUUUUGGACUACGACAACGAUUCUGCAAUACCGCAUGCUGCGCGGCCUGUGGGCGUGUUUGUUUGCAAGAACAUGUUUGCGCCGGAUGCACACGAGCUCAUGUGCAUUAUGCAAGCCAGCGCCGCCCAGAUUGAGGAGGAGGAUCCACAACCCACAUACAUCCACACAAGGGUGCCCGGCUCCCGCGAAUCGCCCAACACCAGCGCGACCGAGAACUGCAUCUCCGUCUUUGUCAAGAUUGCACGCAACCCAGCACACGGCCUCUCAAAGAAGACGACGAUGAAGCAAAGUGCAUCUACACAUACCUCGUCGAGCUCUUUUAAGCGUGAGCAAGAUCCACGCGUGACCGCGCCUGAGAGCCCGGUGAAGAUUGUGCGGGCGUUUGUUUGUGCAGAUGAUUGGCACCCCGGCGGCCGCCGUCGACGAGCCCCACUGCCAGGGCAUGUACACAGCCUCAUGAACAUGCAGGAUUCGCCUGCCCACGGGGUGGUGGGGCAGUUGAUGCAGGAUCCUGAGGUGCACGCCCGCGUGCAGCGCGCUGUUAAGGCGCUUGGCUCGUCCGCAUAGUCGCCAUGUUGUGAUGUGUCGUGUCAACUUGUGCACCAGUUGAACGAAUGGCUGAAUGUCUGUUGAUUCCUUUGUCGCAUUCCUCUUGUUUCCGUUUCUUCUCUUCUCUUCUCUUCUCUU